AUGGAUUUAGUCACAUUUGCUUCAACCCUUCUUUGUGCAGCUCUCCUCGCCAAGAUCAUUUACCAGUGGCUCAAUCGGAAGUCCUUAAAUCAAACAAAAAGACUUCCUCCGGGGCCACCAAGGUGGCCGAUAUUUGGUAACCUUCUCCAGUUGACCCAACUCCCCCACAGGGACCUAGCUUCUCUGUGUGGCAAAUAUGGCUCCUUGGUCUACCUCCGCCUUGGCAGCGUUCAUGCCAUCACCACCACCGACCCUGAUAUCAUAAGCGAAAUUUUGGUUCGUCAAGACGAUGUAUUUGCCUCCAGGCCACGGACUCUCGCCGCCAUUCAUUUAGCCUAUGGGUGCGGAGACGUGGCACUGGCCCCAUUGGGGCCGCAUUGGAAGCGGAUGAGGAGAAUCUGCAUGGAGCACUUGUUGACGACAAAGCGACUCGAGUCAUUUGCGAAGCACCGCGCCGAGGAAGCCCAACAUCUUGUUCGAGACAUUUGGGAGCGGGCUCGAACCGGAAAGGCGGUGAACUUGAGGGAAGUGUUGGGUGCAUUCUCAAUGAACAAUGUGACGAGGAUGUUGCUGGGGAAGCAAUAUUUUGGUGCUGAAUCAGCUGGCCCUCAAGAGGCUAUGGAGUUCAUGGAUAUAACCCAUGAGUUGUUUUGGCUUUUGGGCUUGAUAUACUUGGGUGAUUAUCUACCGUUUUGGAGGUGCGUGGACCCUUAUGGGUGUGAAAAGAGGAUGCGGGAUGUGGAGAAGAGAGUGGAUGAUUUUCACAUGAGGAUCAUUGAAGAACAUAGGAGGGCAAGAGAGAGAAAGAGAAAGGAAAGUGCAGGUGAUGAUGAAGAAUUGGAUUUUGUUGAUGUCCUACUAUCUUUGCCUGGUGAAGACGGGAAAGAACACAUGGAUGAUAUAGAAAUUAAAGCUCUAAUCCAGGACAUGAUAGCCGCUGCUACAGACACUUCAGCUGUGACCAAUGAGUGGGCGAUGGCCGAGGUGAUCAAGCAUCCACGUGUCCUUCGAAAGAUCCAAGAAGAGCUUGAUUCCGUCGUGGGACCCAACAGAAUGGUCUCUGAAUCUGAUUUGGCCCAUCUUAACUACUUGCGUUGCGUCGUACGUGAAACUUUCCGUAUGCACCCAGCUGGGCCCUUUCUCAUCCCACACGAAUCUCUUUGCGCCACCACCAUCAACGGCUAUUACAUCCCGGCCAAGACACGUGUCUUCAUCAACACUCAUGGGUUGGGUCGGAACACCAAGCUCUGGGACAACGUAGAGGAGUUUCGGCCUGAGAGGCACUGGUUGGUCGAUGGGCGCCGAGUCGAGAUUAGCCACGGAGCCGACUUCAAGAUAUUGCCAUUUAGUGCUGGGAAGAGGAAGUGCCCUGGUGCACCGCUUGGAGUGACCAUGGUUUUGAUGGCUUUGGCUCGGCUCUUUCACUGCUUUGAAUGGGCCCCACCGGAAGGGUUGAGGCCUGAAGAUAUAGAUACAAGUGAGGUUUAUGGGAUGACCAUGCCUAAGGCCCAACCCUUGAUGGCCAUUGCUGGACCACGGUUGGCGGGUCAUAUGUACCUUUGA